AUGUACUACUUAGAUGAUCUGUGCAAACAAGGAGUAGACAUCUCAGACUUCACCUUAGACUGGCUGCCAGAAUUUCCUCCAGAUUUCAUGAAGAGGACACGAGAACCAUCUGAGAAGGCAAAGCAGGCGAAGAGAGCAAAGCUGGGAGAAUCAUCUGGAUCAAGACCUCCAGUACCUCUGGUUGGAUCACCUGGUAAGUCUGUUCCUCUCCCUCCUUCUGUAAAAAUCAAACCAGUUGCUUCCUCACUCCCUCAACCUUUGCCCAUAUACACAAACUCUAAAACUCCUCCCUCAACCUCUAGACCCUCUAACCAACAUUCCCAAAAAUUAAACCUUGCCACCACAUCUCUACCUGUUUCAGAAGCAGAAAUGCUGAACGAAACCACUUCACCCUCCUCAUCACCAUCUCCAGAAUCCCCACCUUACUACACCCUCUCAUCUAACAUUGAACCUUCUGAUCCUCAGUCUCCAACUCUGGCUCAGCUUCAACACUGUGCUCUGGCCUCUCAACAGCCAACACACUCUAGCCCUGAACCAGAAGAGCGUCUAGCCAAAGAAGCUAAGGAGCGGGCAAGAAAGGAAGCUGAAGACAAAGUAAGGCAAGAAGAACAUCAGAAAAUCAAAGAAGCUGAGGCCAAAGCUCUAGCUGAUGAUGAUGAUGCUGCUGAAGCUGAGGCAAAAGCCAAAGCUGCCGCUGAAGAAGCAGCUCGUCUUGCUGAAGAGUCUGCUGCCAGAGUCAGAAACGAUGCAUUGACUCAGGGGGAGUCCUUUACCUUCGUCCCUCUGGUACUGAAGACUCUUGAAGAGCUGCAGAAAGAACAAAAGAUACAAAGUAUUAAAGGAUCAGACACCGUUGAGAAAGAAGUACAUCCAAGAAGUUCUGACUCUGAUCAAAGAAAGACAGAAAAAGAUCCAGAAGCUCCAACAAACUACUGGUCUCAGACUCUGAUACUUAAGAAGACUAGUACUCUGAGAAGCUCUGAUAAAGUCAGACGUGAUCAUCCUCUGAAGAACAACUCUGGUCUCCUACUUGGAGAUUCCGAGGACGGACCUUCUUGUCCAAUGCCCUCUUCGUCUGCUUCUGGUACAACUGAUCAUGGAAAAGAACUAGAAAGACUAUUGCAUGUAAGACGACGAAAAGCUAGGCUGGAACUUUCAGAAGCAACCCCCAUUGUUUCUGAGUCUGAAAAAGAAGAAGCUGUUUCAGUUCAUUCGGAAGACUCCGAAACCGUUUCUGAACCAAUAGCUGAAGCUCCACCUCCCGUGGAAAGACUUCUGGGUGACUAUGGAGGUGCAAAUGCUCCUAUUGGAAGCUACACCCUUCAAUGA